AUGGCGGUGGCAGAUGUGAAGUUAAAUUCACCAACUCAAACAAACAGUCAAAGUGUUGUUGUCAAUGUCAAAGAAAGAGAUGUUGAAGUGGGGAAACCAUACGAAGACGAAGAUGGUAUAACAAUAGUUCCUGUAAAAGAACAACCAACAUAUCCUGAAGUUAGCAGAGACUUAAGUUCUGUUGCAGAUAUUCGAAAUGACUACAAACAACUGAAAGAUAAACUUAAAACUCAGGAGAAGAUUUGUCAAGCUUUAGGUAUAAUGUUAAACUUGGUUGAGCACAACCCUGUAAAAGUGAACUCAUAUGUCAUCGCACCUCAUGAAGUUUUGAAAGAACUAUUGAAACUUUUGACAGAGGCAGACGAUAUAAACAUCAAAGAAAUAGAGCCCGACAUUGCUUGCUGUGGUGUUUCAUAUAAUGUCAUUGACAAGAUAUACGUUAUGAAAGGAGGUGAAACGUUGAACUUAAAAUAUAGUUUCCCAGACGUCAUAAAAAUAUUUGACGACCACAACAUUUCAUUAAAAUUUACUUGCUAA